AUGCCUCUAGACGCGACCGGGACGCGCUUCGCUGGUGAAGAACUACACACCACAAAGUGGCUGGAAGAAGGCUGCGGUACUUCGCCGGAGAAUUUCCAUCUUCUUGGAAUGAGAUCUUCCUUUCCCAAAUUGCACUGCGCAUCGGCCAGCGGGCAGGGCCUCUCCGUGGCUCUGGGUCCAUUCUGGACGGGAUCCUCGCUCCGAGUGGAGUUCCAGAUCCUCCAACCCCUGAACACCAACCUUCUUGCUGGGCAGCAGGUUGGAGAGUGCAUGCUUACAGGACGAAGACGCCACAUGCCGACGACACGGCACUUUGCUGUGACUGCCGAUCAUACUCACACCCGCCGGGCUCCCUCCAAGUGGUCCGACCGUUACGCAGACUCAAUAUGCCUUAGAUCCAAGAUUGUGUCGCGGCAGACGUUCAGCAACCUUCCUUCUAGCAGGAAUGGCAGGACUGACACCACACGCCGUCGGCCUUUCAUCUCAACAAUCUGCGCCUCCGCGACUAAACCUGCUUUUUGGUUUAGCACUAGGAUUUCGCUGCUUGCCUUCUUGGGUCCAACACCCGAAGCCACCCCCAAUCACCUUCAUGGAUUCACCCUGUCCCUCUAUGAGCCCAAGCACCGAGCACUCGCAUCGUAUCGAACUGGUCGAAACUCUGACAUGUUCGGACCUUCCUUUAAGGGGAGAUUGUCUUCCAGAAGAUGGAAACUGUGUUUUCAGCCACCGACUGACUCGAAUUCGCUGUCGACAACAGUGCAGCCUCCAAUCAAUUCCAAUGGCAUCGCAUUGUUGGAGGUUGCCAUACGCGGUAUGUUGCCUCCCAUCGGCCCGGUCGCCUCUGCCGGGUUGAGGCUGGUCCGGGAGACCCCAUCCGCAACGUCCGUCAGUCCACACACCCUCAGUCGGCAACGAAUCUUGCCUCGAGAACGCGCCUCCACUUACCAGACAUGUUUCGAGCCAUCGUUGCCUCCAACCCCAGCGACAAUUGUGGUUGGUCUCAAUAUGGGAGGCGGAGAGUUCGGUCGAACUCUUGCGACGACGCUUGCGCACUGCUGCUUCGGCCUAACCCACGCAAACUAG